GCUAUCAAAUUCCAAACACAACGACUUGCGAACCGAACUGAACCGAACCGAAUUGUGCUCUGACACUUUGCACCGCUUUUGUCCACAUAGAUUAGCACAGGGACAAGAGACGGUGGGUUAAUUCUGAAACUCACCAACAACCCCCCAAUUCCAAAGCUCAAAAUCUGACUCUAUCAAAUUAGGCAUUUCAAUUUCUCAAUCCUUCUGCCGAUCAAUUUCACCUGUCCACAUAAUUUAAGGAAUAACUACUGUAUCAGGUGGUAUUUAGGAUGGAAUCACCCAAUCAACAUGAAAACAAGCCCUCGUCUUCUGCGGCAACCCCACCGAUCACUUCAUGUCGAAGAAAGAAGAAGGAUGAUGCCAACUUCUUGGAGGAUUUAAAGGACCAUAUUGAUGAAUUUGUCAAUGCAUCUAUGGAUGAACACAAAACUUGUUUCAAGAAGACUAUGCAGAAGAUGUUUGGAAUGUCAAAGAUUGUUGCUGAGAGGAGUUCGGGCCCCAAGGAAGUUGAAAGUUCUUUGCCUCUUAGAACAACAGUGGCAGACUAGAAUUUGUUCCCGUAUAUUUUGGUGAUAGUUUGAUCUACCCCUGUAACCAAAAUUUUCUGGCGUCAAACAAAUUUUGGUGAUAUAGAACCGUAUUCUGGCUACGUAGUGAUGUAUGGUUUGUUCAGAUUGUGUUACUUCGACUGCAAUUUGGCUAGUGUCCAAACCUUAGCAUAGGCCCAGCUUGUAUUUGAUAACUUUUUCAGCUCAAAAUCCUUAAUCAAAUACCCAAAAACUAGGAAUCAUAUCAACUAAGAGGAGGUCGUUGAUCUGAUUUUCAUUUCUUGUUUAUCC